AACAUUGUUUUAAGGACAUUUUCUUUGAUUAACAGUUCAAGGUCGGAAUUACUAUUACAAACAAAGGUGAACCCUGAGUGAAUUAUCGGAUGUCCAGUUUCAUUUCUGUAGUUCCGGAUCGUCGAAUUUCUUGGACUUAAUUAAAAGGAUGUUAACUGACUUUAGUGAUACACUCAAGUGCUCGUGGACGCGAGAAGUAAAAUUUCGUUUACCGGUAAUUUUCUCGAUACAGGCGGUGUGAGAUUUCGCAGCUUAAAAGUCAAAGCCGCGAAAAUUUGCCGUCAUUUAAAUUUCAUCCUACCGUAUCGUAACUUAAGUUUUACUAAAUGUCUGUUUGUGCAAACUUUAAUCAUUUCGCUUUUCAUUGUCAACAAACAUACUAAUUUCUAGCUCCAACAGUCUAAGACACCAGAGAACAGUUAUGGGACUGUUGCAGUUUGAAAAUGAGUUGUUGUUGAAACUUGUGGAGGAAGAUGGUUUGGUUAUCACAGCAAAGGGUCUUGGAAUUGAACGUGUACUGCUAAAUUUAAUUAAAGUAUACAAUCAUCCUGGAAACCUGAUACUGGUGAUAGGAACAUCUUUCCGUGAAGAGGAAUACUUUCUUGAACAGCUAAAAAUUGAAGAUGUUCAACCAGCACCCAAGCUCAUCACAUCGGAAUGUGGAGUUAAUGACCGGUACCAAGUUUACAUGCAAGGAGGAACUAUGUUUGUCACUUCUCGUAUCCUAGUGGUAGACAUGUUGACUUGGCGAGUUCCCAUUGAUCUUAUCACAGGCAUUAUUGUUUAUAAAGCUCAUAAGAUUUUGGAAUCAUGCCAAGAAGCUUUUAUACUCAGGUUGUAUCGUCAAAAAAACAAAAAAGGUUUCAUUAAAGCGCUGUCAUCCAACCCCUGUGCUUUCACUCGAAGAUUCUGUCAGGUUGAGAGGGUCAUGAGGAAUCUUUUUGCUCGGCAGCUCUAUCUGUGGCCACGGUCUCAUGAAGUUGUGAACAGUUCUCUUGAAAAAAUACAACCUGAAGUUACUGAAAUCCAUAUAAACAUGACAGCAUCCAUGCAAGCAAUUCAGACUUCACUCUUAGACCUGAUGAAUGUAUGUGUUAAGGAGAUUAAGAAGAUUAAUUCAAGGCUUGACACAGAGGAAUUGACCCUUGAAAAUGCUAUAUCCCGAUCAUUUGACAAAAUUGUAAAGUUUCAGCUUGACCCUAUAUGGCACCAGCUCGGUCCAAAAACUCGUCGGCUUGUUGCUGACCUGAAAACCUUACGGAUAAUUCUGGAAUCUGUAACCCAGUGUGAUAGUGUAACAUUUUAUAGCCUUCUGAAAUCUAUCAAGGACAGUGUAACCAAUAAUUUUCAGAUUUCUGAUUGGUUAUUUUUGGAUUCAGCUGAAAAUAUGUUUAUACAAGCCAGAGAACGAGUGUUUGGACCUGAAAGUAAAAGCAAAGUAGCCAAAACUACUAAUGGAGAGCAGGCACAAAGUAUAAAGCCUGAAGUUAGUCCAAAAUGGCUGGCUUUGGUUAAAACUUUGACUGAAAUCCAACAAGAUAUCACAAUUAAUAACAAGUUUGCUCCUGUGCUGAUUGUAGUUAAUGAUGAAAAAACACGUACUCAGAUUAAAGAUUUACUGUGUAGUGGAGCCGAUGUUUUAUUAAAUCGUCUCUAUAAUCGAUUGUUAAGACCCGAUCUUAAAGAUUCUACAACAGAGAAUUACAAAAUAUCAAAACCACCUAAAGAAGACGGGAAGAAGAAGAAAAAACCCAAAGUUAAGAAUGAAAGAACUUUGACACAGAUGGCUGCAUCAGAUCAUGAUUGUGUUCAUCCAGAGGUGUGUGUGGAAAAUGUCAACCUUAGUGAUGAUUCUUCAGAGAGAGAUGAGCUGGUUGCUUCCAUUGAAUCUUCCAAAAACACCUCAGAAGAACCUAUAAUAGUCCAGCCCACAAUUAUUUAUCCCCUCCAUGGAGAAAAAGAUCCAUUUGGUUUGCAGUGGAUACUGACAGAAUUCUACCCAAAAUACAUUGUAAUGUAUGAUGCAGAUGUAGGGGUUGUAAGACAACUUGAAAUUUAUCAAGCGUUUAGACCACACCUGUCCGUGCAAGUAUAUCUUUUAAUGUAUCAAGGCUCUGCAGAAGAACAGAGAUACUUGACGGCACUCAGGAAGGAAAAAGAAGCAUUUGAAUACCUCAUGAAGAAAAGAGAAUCUGUGGUUGUACCAGAGAACUGGCUUGGCAUAACAGCGGCAAAUCAGACAGUCAAUGCUGGAAAAGCUGAGGGAGAAAUAAAAGUUCCAUGCCAACAAAAAAUUAUUGUUGAUCUUCGAGAAUUCAGAAGUGACCUGCCAUCUCUCAUUCACAGAAGAGGUAUAGACGUAGAACCUAUUACAUUAGAGGUUGGAGAUUACAUAUUGACACCAGAUACAUGUGUGGAAAGGAAAAGCCUUAAUGACCUGAUUGGCUCUUUGAAUAAUGGUCGACUCUAUAGCCAAGCCCAGGCAAUGAGUCGCUACUAUAAACAACCAAUUUUAUUAAUCGAGUUUGACCAAACCAAAGCAUUUUCUCUACAGGGAAAAUAUUACCUGUCCACUGAAGUCUCGGCUACAAGUGUAGCUUCAAAACUGAUUUUAUUGACUAUCCACUUUCCUCAUUUACGAAUCCUGUGGUGUCCUUCUCCCUAUGCAAGUGCCGAGAUGUUUGAAUUAUUAAAGGAUUUUCUGUGUCAUCUUCCUGGAAUCAGCACUAAAAACAUCCGGAAAGUGAUGAUGAAAGUGACCAGUCUUGCCAACUUAAUGACCAAAACACAGGAUGAACUAACACAGAUUCUAGAGAAUUCAAACUCUGUGAUAAAACUGUGGGAAGCUCUUCACCAGUCUAUGAAAGCAACUGAUAAAGCACCUGUCAAAAGAACCUUUAGUAAAAAUAUGGCAAAAAAGUCAAAAUGA